UAUUGAUACGCUGGUCUAUCUGAUUGGUUGAGAUUGCUUAAAAUCAUAGUGAAAUUGAUUUUUAGAGUGAGAGUUAUUCUAAUACUGCCAUUUCUUUCUCAUCAGUGCUGUUAUUCGGAAUUGUCAAAAUUACAUUCAUGAGCAACAGAAAGAUACCCAAUCAGUAAAAUGGAUGAAGUAUUUGAUGAAAUAGAUGUCGCUGUCUUUCAUAGAUGUAUAGAACAAGAAAACGUGCAGUUCUUCGAAUUAGGAAUAAACAAAAACCCGUUUAUGGUGGAUAUAUGCAAUGAAAAGGGUGAAACAGCUCUUCAUGUAGCAUGCAAGCAUCCUGACGUUAAUGCAUUUACUCGUCGUAUACUUGGAGGGAUAUCAAAUGUAAAUGCACAGAACUACUGGAGACAAACUCCUUUGCACUAUGCCGCCGCUGCUAGGUCAGUGAAAACUACUAAACUACUUCUAAGUCAGCCAGGAAUCGAUGUAAACUGCAGGGAUAUCAAUGGUUACACAGCACUGCAUACGUUUGUGAUUUCUAACAAGAAAUUUGACGACAACUGGAAAGAGGGGAUGAAAAUUUUUGUUGAAGCAAAAAUUGACAUUAACGCUCAAACUAAAUAUGGACAAACUAUUCUGCAUUUAGCAUCCCUUCAAGACGACAAUACAAAAUUUCUCGGUUACAUGAUGUGCAAAUAUCAAGAUAUUGAUUUUAAAGCAGUAAACAAGGCUGGAGAAAACUUUCUUCACAUUUACAGCAUGACGGAGAUUGGUGACGACUGUAUGAGUUUCUUUGAGAAAAUGAGCAAGUUCAAUAAGCCUGUCUUACAAAAGUUACUCAGUCAGCAAGACGAGUCUGGUUCGACACCCUGGUGUCUCAUGGUUGAAAAUGGAGAAUUAACUUUCGAACAUUUCAAAAGCAUGAUAGAAGCGUACGGUGUGUCUGUUCAUGGCAUCGACAAUCUUGGUAACACUGCACUGCAUCGACGUGUAGGUAAAGUUGGUGCAUUAUCAGAACACAACUUGAAAAUUUGCAAUCUGAUGGCACAGAUGGGUAUAGAUGUGAAUUGUCUUAACGUUUUCGGUCAAUCAGCUGGGUCGGUGAUAUUUUAUAAAGAAGUUUGUGAGUUCUUACUCCACAAUAAGCUUGAUUUUACAAUACCAGAUCGCUGGGGCAGGACUCCAAUCUUUUACAUGCUUUACCAGUUCACCAAUCCUGACGUUCUUCAAGCAAUGUUAAGAACGUGUCGUCAUAUUGGAAACGCUAGAGAUGACUAUGGGGCAACACCCCUUCAUUAUGCUGCAUACAGAGGACUAGAGGAGCAUAUGCUAGUGCUGUUGAACCAUGGUGCUGAUGCAAACGCCAAAGACUCACUAGGGGACACUCCAUUAGAUACUGCACGUCGGCAUGGAAAUCUAAAUUGCUGGAAAUUGCUAGCUUCGGCUAUGCGCCUUCCAACCACUGACAAAAAUGACUUUCUGUAUAAGUCACAAAGUGUAACAUUGAACGUGUCAUCCCUAUAUAAGGAUCAGCCUUUAGAUAAACUACUGACAGGAUUUCCUAAAGACAUUAAAAUGUUUGCAGAACGUGCUCUUAAAUCAAAAUACAAAGCUGAAAAGACACUCGACAAUAAUUCAGAUGUAUCCGAGAUAGUAUUAGCAGUGAAUCAACACGUCCGAAGUAUUUGUCAGAUUGUAAGCGGGUAUGACUCUAGAUUUCGAAUAUCUUUAUUUCCAACCGGAAGUUCAGCGGAAGGUACGAAAGUAGGACCACCUGAUGAAUUCGACUUUGUGCUUUGUAUUGAGAGUCUGGGUGAAAAUUGUGACAUAGAAACAUCUGAGUUUGCAAAUCCCGGAUACGCAAAACUACGGUUUCGAGACAAUCCCGUGCAUGAUGAGUAUAUGUCGUUUUCUGACACUGAUCGUUAUUUCUUGGCGUUACCAUUUCUACACUAUCUGUUUCGAUAUAUAAGAAGAGCUCUGAAUGAAAGACAACUUUGGAAAGACGGUAGUCUUUAUACCAGAUCUGAAGAAACAAUUCGUGUCCUCUACAAGAAACCCGUCUUCAAUUACGACUUGUACUGGGUCGGGGCACACAACAAGAAUUUGAAAAUAAGCAUCGACCUAGUGCCAGCAGUAUAUCAACGAGGAUGGUGGCCAAGGCAUACCAAGUUGGACCAUAUGAAACUGAUGAAUGAGACUGUGAAAGCUGCCGGUUGCUUCGUGUUGAUGCAAACAGAAGAAAACAGCUUUUCCCAAGGAUGGUAUCAAAUGAACGAUUCGAUAAACUUAACAUGCAACUCCCCGAAUAGAGAUGACAAACACCGGCUCCUACAGAUAAGCGUUGCUCCUGCAGAAAUUGCCAUCAUGAAAUCUCUUCCGGAAAUUUACCGGCAUGCGUAUGCUUUAGCAAAGAUUGUGAAAAGUGCAGAUAUUUGUCCAGACGUUCAAAUUGACAUGGAGCCUCCGGUUAUUGACAGUUCAGUUUACGAAAAAUUUAGAAAACAAUCCGUCAGUCCACCAAAAGAGAUAAAAAGCUAUUGGCUGAAAAAUUGUAUAUUUUACUUAGCCGACGAAAGAGGAUCGUACAUGUGUGGGAAUAUAACUCCACUUGAAAUAACAGGAUUAGCAUACCAAAAACUUCUCGAGUUCGCUCUUUCUUGGAAUUUCAAACCGUACGUUCUCCACAAGUACGAUCUGUUUGACUUCGAACCAGAAAGCUCUAAUUUUGACGUAUUUAUCAUUAGACGGAAGGUAUGCAUUGAAACGGUGCUGGCAAUACUAGGGAAGCGUUUGCCACAGAACUUCAUUAACUGGAUAAAGACUUGUAAACGAAACUACUACUCACAUGUGUAGCUAAUACCCAGUCACAAGAACGCAUGUAGAUUAGUUGGAUGUCUCAACUUUGACACUUUCUGGGGUCACGAAAAAAUUAUUGAGUUUUUGGCAGCUUGUGAUUUCUCUGUGAAAACUGACCUACAAUCUGUCAUUGUAUAAAACCUUCAUGCUCUCACCUCAAACUUUAAAAUGAUUUCAUCUUAAGUAAAAGGAGAAAUAACACUUUGGAUAUAUUCCGCACUGGUUAACGGUAUCAAUACUAAAAAGGUAAAGCUGACAUGCCGGAAGCACUGGUCACAUCAAACACAGCCAAAGCUAUUCACCGCAAAGUAGGCGAGCCACAAAUAGAAACUGUAGUGGAGAGUUGCUUCAAAAAACUUUAUUUUAUUACACGUCUAAAGCUGUACAGAAAUGCUGGUUGGGUCAGGUUUCAGCAGUAUUUCAAAUGAUGGUCACCUUACUGAUUAUAACACAAAGUCAGUUUGGUAAUUAUGGUCAGAAUUUUGGAAUACUCCUAGAAGGAAAAGAAUGCCAGAGUUUACAAAAUACUGCAGUUCGAUAUCUAAGAUGAUUUUUUUUCGGUUCUGUGUACAAAUGUACUAUUCGUAACAAAUUUUCUAACUCCAUACUUGUUUUUGAUCAUGUCUCUUUCAAAUAUUGACACAUUUCAAAUAAAAAGCUGGACACACGA